AUGACAACAACGCCGUCAUCGUCGCAGGCGGACCCCGACGACCCAGCCACACAGGGCCCGCCGCCGCUGCCCGCCGGUUGGGGAGAGCUCCGCACCGGCGACGGUCGGCCUUACUACGUCUACUACCCCACCGGCGCGGUCCAGUGGGAGAGGCCGAAGCCUCCAGCGGCAGACUCGGACGGGAGCGACGAGGCGGGGCAGCAGCGGGAGGAGGGUUCGUCCGCGGCGACGGCGGAGGGCGCCGCCGCCGCCGGGGAUGCCGCUGCCGUUGGAGGCGAGGCAGAUGCGGGGGGGGAGGCGGGAAAGGGGGGUGCGGCGGUUGCCGGGUACGGGGAGGAGGACCCCUAUCGGGGAGAGUCUGAGAUGUCAGACGCGGAGCGCGAAAUCGAUACCGCCGCCGCUGGAGCGAGAAGCAGCGUGACAGGCGACACCGACUCUCCCGCCGCCGCCGGUGGUGCUCAAGCACCGCCGAGCGGGUACCAGGGCCAACCCUCGCCGAUGGACAGCAGACACGUGCUGCAAGGAGCAGCGGGGAAGGAAGGGACCGCGACGGCGGGGGCUCCGGCGUAUCCGUCGAGCGCUCGGCCCGAGGGAAACGAAGGUCGACCGCCUUCGCCCGAUGAUCCGUUUCGGCAGCUACAAGGCAGCGGGCCUGGGGGCGUCGCCGGGGGGAAUGCCGCCGCCCCGGCGUCCCAGCAGGGAUCACCGUGGGGAGGCGGUGCCGGCGGCGGCGGCGGCGGCGGCGGAGACAAGGCGGCGGCGUCCCCUCUUUCCGGGGAGCGGGUUGGACAAGAAAGGGGCGGUGUCGGCGGCGAGCGACCGGAUCCUUGGGGGAUGGGCGGCGACCGGCAAGCGCCCUCGCAACCACAGCAACCGAGCGGUACCCCUCCCAACCCCUUCGUUCAGGCGGAUCAGAACCCGCCGCCGGCCUGGGGAGAGGACCGUGGGGAAGCCUCAGCAGGCGGUGGGUCUCCCACGGCUCCGGCGUCGUCAUCCGUAGACCCGAUGCGCGGUUCGACUCGAGACCAAGCUGGCGGGAACGAACACGGCUCGCCGCUCUCGGACCCUUGGUCGGCGAGCCGACAGCAGCAGCAAGGUGCCCCGCCGGGAGCGGAGCCGUACGGCCGGCGCCCCGCCGGUGGUAGUCCCGCGCAGCAGCACCCCGGGUACAACCAACAUCAACCGGGAGACGAGGCGGCGGAGGGGCAGUCGUGGGGAGGAGGGGGUGCAGAAGGGGGGGGUCGAGGUGGCCAGCCCGCCGGCGCCGGCGCGGGCGGGGGCGGAGGAGGAGGAGGGGGGAGGGAGGCGCCGCGGAAUGGGGGGUACGGGGCCCCGGCGCCCGGAGGGUGGGAGAGCGGCGGGCGUGGGCCACAGCAACAGCAGGGGAUGAUGGGUGGGCAGCAGCAACAGCAGCAGCAACAACAACAGCGGCAGCAGCAGCAGCAGCCGCAGCAGCCACCUUUUCAGCAACAGCAACCCGCUCGAGGAGACUAUGGUGGCUAUUACGGCCGGAACGACGGGUACUACCAAGGACCACCGGGGGGGAACGGAGCGCCUACGCAGCAGGGGAAUGCUGAGUACGGCGGUUUCCCGGCGGGCUCUCGCGCCCUGGUGCCGAGCAACGGCGGCGCUCCGCGUGGAGGGUUGGAGGUCAAGGAGCAGGGGCUGCAACUGGUGAAGGGGGCGUGGGCGCGCAUCCUGGUCGGCAAGGACAAGACAACGGCGGCGCUUUACGAAGCCAAAGAGAAGGCUGGCAUCGCGGCAUCGACAGCAAGCUACAAGAUCAAGAACACGAUGGGCAGCGUCACCAGCCGCGUGGCCGACGUCCUGGAAGGCGACCCCCAAGGCCUUGCUGGUCCCUACGGCCAGCCCCCCCAAGAAGACUACUACGGCGAACCGGGAAUGGGGGCCGGCGGACAGCAGCAGCAAGAUCCACGCUCCUGGCAAGGGGCGCCGCAGAAUGGGUACCGUGAAGGCGGCGUUCCUCACCCUGGACAGGACCCCCGCGCAGCGCCAGCCGGCAACGGUGGUGGAUAUCCCGGGUACCAGAACCAGGGCGCUGGCGCAUCGGCGGGCGCCGGCGGCGGUGCCAUACAGAAUCCCGAGAGCGUUGUGGUCGCGCUCUUACCACAUCCGUUGAUUUCGAGAUGAUCAGGUUAAAAAGCGCAUGUUCGUGCGCAUGAACAGUCGGUUUGCUCCCCUGUGUUUUGGUCGGCAUGCUUAUGGGCUCACAGCGGUCAGGCGCGAGACUGAAUUAUCACUCGGGCAAGAAUGAAAGGACACCGUUGUGUUCUUUCGCUCAUGAGGUCUUGUUCUGUAAGCGGAUGCCAACUGCCGCCAUGUGUGGGCAUGCAGAUAACCGUUCGGUCGAGGCGCCCACAUCCUUCGCCAAAAGAGCGUGCUGUAAGAUGUGGUUGGUGAACAGGAGAGGAAGCCUGCCAUCUAAUACUCCGUAGUACGUGGCAAUGCGUGAGUUGUAUAACUUGGAGCUCUGCAGCCUUCUAGAAUUUGUCGAGAAUUAAUUACUUCAUUUGUUUGCUG